UUUGCCAUUUUUCCUUCAAAGCUGCUUCUUGUUAACUUAUUUAAAUUCACAAAACAAUAUGACGAUGAAAAUAUUUGAUUCACAUCCGGCAUGGUUUUGUUCCUGGCGGCCAUUUAAAGCCACUCUUUAGUGAGGUUUAUUAUUGUUACUGGCGAUGUUUAAUGUCAGAACGGCACAGCUUUAAGGGGCUUCUAGAAGCCCCUCACUGGAUGGAACCGAAUGAUGUCACUCGCUCCUGCUUCCAGCUUCCUUGUUUUCCAUAUGUGCCAAACUUCAGGAUUGAAAUUCCUCCUGUACGGUAGGAAGGAAAUAUAAUAUAAAAGACGUACUUGUGGAGUUUGAAAUUUGAAUCAGAUUAAUUGAACGGGACAUGAGAAGAUUAUUUUUCUUGCUCACUCUCUCUGUGAGGGCAGCAGUUGCCUAUCGUUAUGAAGGGUCUGGAUAUUCUUAUGCUGAGAGCCAUGAUGUCGAUUACAGUGUUCCAUAUGCAGGAAGCAGCUACUAUGUGGAUUACAAAGAGCCAAGAUGGUGUUACCCGUUGAGCAUAGAAAAUGGUGACACAGAAUGUCAUUCACCAAGGGGUGCAAACUACAGAAGCACACUUGGAACGCGUUGUCGAAUACUUUGUGACAGAGGAUACCGGUUGCUAGGCCGAAGGCAUGUCGAAUGUACGGUGACCAGGUACUGGUCUGGUAUGAGCAGAUGCAAAGAGGUGCGUUGUCAUUCACUUCCUGCAUUUCCAUAUGGAUCAUAUGUGUGCUCCAAGGGGACACGCGUGGAUUCAGAGUGUGAGUACAUAUGUGAGCAAGGAUACCAACUGGAAGGAGAUAGAACAAGAGUGUGCCAGGAGAAUGGCCAAUGGAGUGGGAGUGAACCUAUAUGUGUAGAUUAUGAACCUCCAAGGAUAAAGUGUCCGGGGUCCAGAGAGAAGGUGGCUGAACCAGGGCAGCUGGCUACUCGUGUAUAUUGGGACUCACCGCGUAUAAAAGAUGUAGCUGAUAAACACAGCACGAAAAUAGUUCUGAGAGGACCACCCUCAGGUUCUGAAUUUGGAAAGGGGGAGCAUAUUAUUCGCUAUGUAGCAUAUGACAGAGAGAGGAACAAAGCCUCCUGCAAGUUUACUGUCACGGUUCAUGUUAGAAGAUGCCCCGUGCUGAAGCCCCCAGUCCAUGGUUACAUCACUUGUACAUCGGCUGGUAAUAACUAUGGGGCAACCUGUACUUACACAUGUGAGGGAGGCUACGAGCGACAGGGGAUCUCCAAAAGAGUGUGUCUGUUUAAUCGAAGCUGGUCUGGACUGGCACCAUCUUGUGUACCAAUUGAAAUUAAUGUUGAUGUGAAUUCGGUGGCUGCUCUCUUGGACCAGUUUUAUGAGAUGCAGCGUCUCCUCAUCAUAUCCUCUCCAAGUGCAUCUGAUAUGUACUACAACCUACAAAUGAACAUGCUACAGGAAGCUGCCUGUGGUCUGGAACUGAGACAAACAACAGUAAUAGAAUUGGUUGGAAAUCCACCGAGAGCAGUAGGACGUAUAAAAGAACAGCAGCUUUCUUCAGAAAUUAUUGAACAACUCAGGCAAGUUUUUUACUUAUCCAGUAUGCAGUUUAACGCUGUCCUGGUUGACAAAUAUGGUGCAGACAGAGAGCGUUAUAUUCAACCAGUUGCAUCCAGUGAGCUGUUUCCAUUCAUAGAUAUUUACUUACUCCAGAAGGAGGAAAAAACUAUCCUGCAGGAAAGAGAGAAUUUCUGUAACUAAAACUCAAACUUGACAAACGUUUUAUAUAUUUCUAACCAUCAACAACUUGUAUUCAUACAGUGCUUGUGAAAUAGUAAACCAUCUUAAAACACUUCAGAGGAAUGUUAUCAAACAAAAUUUGACACCAAGUCGCCAUAGGACAUACUAAUGUAGAUGGCUAAAAUCCUGGUCAAAGAGUAAGAUUUUAAUGAGCCUCUUAAAAGAGGGAAGAGAAGUGGGGAGUUUUUUUGAAAAAAAACCUCCAAGUUGAGCAUCUUGGUAGCUGAAGGCUGGUUUGUCAAUAAUAGAAAUAUUAAAAGUGGUGAGGCUCAACGUGGCAGACUCAAGUUCUCAUCAAAUUGUGUGACCUGAGUUUCAGUUUGAGAGUUGAUCUUUAAAGAUUAAUCCUUUCCUCAACUUCUGAUAGGAUCACUUCUGUCAUUUGAUAUUAAAAAUACUUGUUUUUUUUAUGAAUAGAAAAAUAUACAAAACUGAUUUUCUGUAACAAGGGAUGAAUUUCAAAUAUUUGCAGUUAUACAUGUACAAAAGCUAGAACAUUUUCUAAAACAAAUGUAUUUGGGAAACAUGAGAUGACCAUUUAGCUGAUCAAGCCUGCAUGACUUAUUCAUUCAUGAGAUAUUGGCAUUGCUGGCUAGGUUAAUAUUUAUUACCCAUUGCUAGUUGCCCAGAGGGCA